AUGAAAAAAGAUUUUCUUCAGAUUGAAGAAGGAAAAAAAGAGGUGAUCCCAGCUGAUCUUUUCAUAUUCAUCUCCUUACAAACAGUAACUAUUACACAGCACAUACCCAUGGGUAACUGUUGGCGUAUGCCUGAGGAUCAUUCCGGUUUACUUCAUGCACCUAUUACACCUUUUGCGUCAAUGCCUACCUCAGCAGCACUUCCACCUGCAAAUUCGUAUUUAACAUUUGCUCAUCCGAACUCUACAACGUCAAAUAUGCACAUGCCGAAAUUAGUCAUAUUAAAUCGUUCCUCUGCUGAUUUGGAUGCGAUCAAAGCUGCUCAAUGUCGAAAUCUUGUUGAACACUUACCAUUGAUCAAUUACAAUGAAAAAACAGUCAAACAAACCGAAUGUGAUAUUUGUCUGAUGGAUUUUCUUCCUGACGAGCAAAUACGACAACUGCCAUGCGAUGGCGGACAUGUUUUCCAUCCGAGUUGUAUCGACAAAUGGUUAGAGAAAAGUUUAACUUGUCCACAUUGUUCGACAAAUGUUGAUGCGGCACUACUUCUCAAAUUCGUUCCACACGCUAGGAACAAGAGUAGUAAUGCAGAUGAUGAUGAUGAUUGGUAA